CUGUUUCCAUGGUAACUAGUGUAAACUGUUGGGGAGAGGGAUUGUUAGGCCUGUCUAAUGAAAAUUCUUGUUGAUAAAAAUUGGUAAUAUCAAUCAGCUUGUCACACCGUGAUUACCCGUGGACCUCGUCAUUUGUUUAAUUUACAAGGAAAAGCAUCUAGAUUAGCUAAAAGCUAACGGAUUCAUGAUGUCUGACCUAGAAGAUGACGAAUUAAGAGGACUGGACCCAGGUGAAUCAGAAGAUGAUGGAACUAAAUAUUUUGAUGAAGGACAAACGGAGGAAGCCAAUUUGCAACUACAGUAUAAGGUCCCAUCUUGUGCAGUGACACAGGACAUGAUUAAAGAUGGCCUUUCUUUGUUGUGUCGCACAGGGAAUGGUUUGUCACAUGCCUUUGUUAAGCUUGAACUUGUAGAUAGGAGCCUGACCGACAUCAGUCUCCUUGAGUCCUUUGUGCACCUGCGUUUCAUAGACCUAUCCACCAACCACCUGUCGGACCUCAAUCCUCUGGCUAAACUCACCCAGCUGCUUUGGCUGAAGUUGGAUGGGAACCAUGUCCGGGAGUGUAGAGGGCAGAGGCUGGAGCCACUCAUCUACCUGCAGUGGUUCAGUAUCGCCAAGAACCGCCUCCAAGAUGUAGAGGGGCUCAGUGGGCCUGCUCUAGAGACCCUUAACCUCACUGGUAAUAGUAUUCAGAGGAUGCAAGGUCUGCAGUGCAAUAAACUGACCAACCUGGUUACACUUGAGCUGAGAGGAAAUCGUUUGGAGACCACAGAGGACCUGUAUUUGCCCAAUCUUCGCCGACUUUACCUGGCCCAGAAUAUCAUCAAGCGUCUGGAGGGGCUCCACAAGCUGGAGCGUUUGACCAUCCUGCAUCUGCGAGACAACCAGCUGGAGACUCUGGAUGGAAUCAGUCCCAACAUGAAGUCUCUGCAGUACCUGAAUGUCAGGGGUAACCUAAUAUUUUCCCGGAGUGCCUUGCGUAGCCUAGCGGGUGUGGCAGACACAUUACGAGCACUGGUGUUGGCUGAGAAUCCCAUCAUGGAGACCGACGAAUACAGGCUGUUUGUUCUAUCACAGCUCCCUCUACUGGAGAGACUGGAUAAGGAACCUGCCUCUGAGGAAGAGAAGGCUGAUGCUCUGGAGAGACAAAAGGACUUUCAAGAUGAAGAUCCAAAAGAGUAGUAACAACUACAGCAUCCGGCUUGCUUUAUACUGUCUACAGUGCAUACUUGACCUCUUCCGAUAUAGAGCCCGGUAGACAAGGAAGUUAAUGCGGGCCAUGAUUCUGUAAGCAACACUGCAUGUGUUUGUAACAUGCUUAAACUGUGGUAUGUUGUACCACAAAAACCAGAUUAAAAAAACACAUAUUUAUGUAGGCUCUGUACAUUGUACAGAUCUAGGAACUUUUUUUAAUAAAGGUAUUUUCUAAUGUA